UCCAAGAUGGCGGACGCCAUUGAUUCCAUGGGUUUUAAUAAUUCCAAGUGGAAUGAUUCCAGAAAACUCUUUGAUAGUCUAAAGAUGAUGGCCAAAAAUCCUGAUUAUAGAAGCAAGAUAUCUUCAUCAAAUUUUGACCAAGCUCAGCAAUUCCUUGUUUUGUGUGAGAAAGAACUUUCUUCACAAGCUACAAUUUCCAUGGGCGAGACAUUGGUAUCUUGUCUUGAGGCUGUAACUGAAGCAUUGAGGUUCCUGAGGAAUUCUUCAGCCGGUGUUCCACAAAACCAAGAAUAUAUUGUGACAAAAGGAGUCAUUCAACAAGUUAUGAAAAUUACUCAUACUUUACUGAGGCCUCGUUUUCAAGAAUCAGAUGAAAUAAAUACAGUAAAUGAAACAAUCAAAAUUGCAAUCCAACUGAUUGGAAACGUAACUGUUGGAAACACUUUAACACAAGAAUCCAUAUGGAAACAGUGUUACCCUGAUUUUUUCCUAUCAGUGAUGACAUCAGCCAGUCUGCAAAUUCAAAACUGCAUGUGCAUGGUGAUAUACAACAGCAUGACAUCACAACAAAGGUUAGACCUUGUAUCAUCCCACCAAGGCCUCAAGAUUAUGUCUCAGAUACUGCAUUUGUGUUCUGAUCAUGAUGAGCUUGAAUGGGGGUAUUUCAUUGUAGAAACUUUAGUGAGGAAUGGUCACACGGGGGAUCUGUACAAAGGAAUGGAGUUUGAUCCUAGUGCAAGGAUCAUCUUGCUUGAUCUCAUUCAAGUCCAUCUUGCAG